GUUACAUGGUCUUCACCAUCUUGGUGAUGGGCACCUACUGGGUGACGGAGGUGAUUCCCUUACCCGUCACGGCACUCAUCCCAAUGGUUGUCUUCCCUGUCUUUGGUAUCCGAGACACGGACACCGUGGUCCAGCAAUACUUCAAGAGUGUCACCUUCUUGAUCUUUGGGGGCCUGGUCCUCGCCGCCGCCAUUGAGCAUCAGAACCUACAUCGUCGUUUCGCUCUUCGAGUACUGCUCCUGUUCGGUACCGAUCCUAAGAGGUUGUUACUAGGCUUUAUGAGUGCUACAGCCUUUCUGUCAGCAUGGAUGAAUAAUACAGCUGUCACGGCAAUGAUGCUUCCCAUCGCACGAGCCGUGCUCGAUGAGAUCGGUGAGCAGGGCAUCAAGGAAGAACACGAGAUGGAAGACGACCUCGAAGGAAAGGCGGAAGACAAGCGUAUCAACCAAGAUGAUGAGAUCGGUGAGCAGGGCAUCAAGGAAGGAAGCGAAAUAGAAGACGACCUCGGAGAAAAGGCGGAAGACAAGCGUACCAAUCAUGACGUGUUGUCAUCGGACGAACAUACAGGAAAGAGAAACGGUGAUGAAUCACAAAGUCUAUUCGGAAAGGAGACAGGUCUACAUUUUGGAAGUUGGACACUCUACUGCUUCCCUCAGAUGGUCGUCUGCAUCCUGGUCAUUUGGUUGUGGCUACAGUAUAUGUAUCUACCUCGCAGAUGUAAAAGCAACAGCCAAGAAGACACCUUCCAACCAAAAGAGAUUAAAAAGGUGAUACAGCGUGCAUACGACGAUCUUGGCCCGAUGAGGUUUGCAGAAUGGGCUGUAUUGGGGCAUUUUCUGAUCAUAGUCGUACUAUGGAUCACCCAAGACCCGAAUGUAUUUCCCGGCUGGGGGUCUUUCUUUCCUACCGGCCUCUCAAGUGCAACUCCGACAAUACUGAUCACUAUUUCGCUGUUCAUGUUUCCAUCUGAGAGACCGCUCCGUCUAAUACGAAUCAGGGAGCAGCAAACUAAAGCCGAGAGCGAUCCAGAAAUGUGCCUAUCGAACGAUGCAAGUACGAGUACAGCUGGCGUUAACGAUGCUACGAAUGGGAGUGAAAGUCGCCCAAAACUAGCCAAAGUCAAGUCCAUUCCUGCGCUUAUCAGCUGGGACGUGGUACAUGAGAAGAUGCCAUGGGGUGUACUGAUUGUUGUAGGUGGAGGAUUCGCCCUUGCAGAUGGAUGCAUGGAGUCUGGUUUGUCAGCUUGGUUAGCAGAACAGUUCAAGAUCUUUUACGGGAUACCUCCUUUCGCCAUGGCUUUAAUCAUAGCUAUCAUAAUAUCAGUCCUUACCGAGUUUACUGCUAACGCUGUCACCGUCGCUAUCUUUCUUCCUAUCGUGGCGGAAAUGGCCGUUGCUACGAGGAUAAACCCGUUAUAUCUGAUGGUUACCGCUACAGUCUCAUCUUCCUUCGCCUUCAUGCUCCCCGUAGCUACCCCGCCCAAUGCCAUCGCAUUCUCCAGCAAGGAAAUCAACGUUAUCGAUAUGGUGAAAACAGGUUGUCUUCUCAACUUCUUGUGCAUCUGUGUAUUACUCUUCUGUAUGAACACCCUCGGCCGACUGAUCUUCAACAUUGCAGUCUUUCCCGACUGGGCUAACAGUCUUGAUGCCAAUACCACCGACAUUUACAACGUGUAUAACUCCACAUCCGUACCAUUUUGAUCAGACAGGUUUUUAACCCCAAAACGGGAAAAGCCAAAAUGUCCAAAUGUCCAAACGUCAAAUGAAAUCUUUUCCCAAUUUUACUAUAGUUCCCCUUUGCAAAUAUGUUUCAAGCUUUCCUCUUCUUUGCAGCUGUUUAUAAGAUGACAUUGUUCAAGUGAUUUUGGCACGUACACAUUCAAUCAAUUUUAACAGACAUUAGAAUUAAAUGAGUAGACGACAGACUUCAUGCAUGGCUGAUUGUCAACGAAACGGAGUUUAGUCUUUUGUCAAUUCUGCUUGUUGCUAC